AAAAUGGCAAAAGAGCAAAGCAGUAUAAUUACAGGCCAUAGGCCUACUGAUUUCAACCAAGAAGACCCUUUAACGCUCGUAAUAAUACAGAUCGUCCUCAUAGUGAUUUUCACUCGUGUUCUCAACAUCGCACUCUCGCGUUUUCGCCAACCUCGCGUCAUAUCUGAAGUUAUAGGCGGUAUUGUUCUAGGUCCUUCGGUCAUGGGUCGCAUCCCUGGAUUCAUGGAUACUAUAUUUCCUCUUCAAUCUUUAACUUACCUUAAUUUACUUGCCAAUUUGGGUUUGAUCCUCUUUUUAUUUAUUGUUGGAGUUGAAUUAAAUCCUAUAAUGUUACUCGAGAACGCGAAAACUGCUGUUACUAUUUCUGCCGCUGGCAUCAUUUUACCCUUCUCUCUUGGUAUUGGUGUUAGCUACGGAUUAUAUCAUGCUAUGAACUCUGCUGAAUAUAACGUACCUUUUUCAAGUUUCAUGCUUUUUAUAUGUGUCGCUAUGUCAAUUACGGCAUUUCCCGUACUUGCCCGUAUCUUGUCUGAGCUUAAACUUCUUAGGACGCCGGUUGGAGUCACUGCUCUUACUUCCGCUGUUGGUGAUGACAUUGCGGCUUGGGUACUUCUUGCCUUAGUAGUUUCAAUCAUAAAUGCUACAAAUUUCCUUUCUGCUCUUUACACUUUCUUGCUUUGCGCCGCUUGGACUUUGGUUGUUGGAUUCAUCGUUCGUCCAAUCUUAAUGAUGCUUAUUGUCAAGACUGGCAGUAAUGACUUUGGUGGUCCAUCGGUAACAAUGGUGGCGAUUACGUUAAUGCUCGUUUUAAUAUCCGCCUUUGUUACAAAUAUCAUUGGAGGUGCUUUUAUUAUUGGCGUGAUUGUACCACAUGAGAGCGGUUUCGCGAUAGGCAUUACUGAAAAAAUUGAAGAUCUGGUUAGCGUCUUGUUUUUACCAAUUUAUUUUGCUCUUUCCGGUCUUAAAACUCAACUCGGUUUAUUGAGUGAUAUUUAUAUAUGGGGCUGGCUUCUUUUGGUGAUUUGUGCCGAUAUGUUUGGUAAAAUUACUGGUGCCACUCUCGCAUCUAGAUUAAACAAACUCACCUGGAGAGAAUCUCUUACUAUCGGUGUUUUCAUGAGUUGUAAAGGUGCCCUUAUAAUCACAUUUACUACGACUCCUCUGGCGAUGUGGCUUUAUCCAAGAGAAUAUAGAAAAGCAUUAGAACGUUCACGAGCUGGUCAGGUCACAACUUCGAUUGAAGGUGGUACUUGGAAAGAAUCUCGUGCUUCCGACGAUACGUUGAUCGAUCUAUCAAGAAAUAAACGUUUAUUUGUUGUAUUAAAUAAGAUUGAAUGGUUACCGGGCAUGAUGAUGUUAUUACAAUUAUUACAACCUCUUCCUUAUUCUAAACCUCCUCUAAGGACUAGUGAAGUUACUCCUGAUAGAUCAACUUCAAAUAAUAAUAAUAAUGAACCUCUUACCGUUCAUGCCUUACGUCUCGUCGAACUUACUCAACGUAUUUCUACUGUGAUGAAAUUUAAUGAAACUGAGGAAACUUUAUUACAUGAUCCAAUCAUGAACGUUUUUCGAAUGUUUGGUCAAUUAAACUUUGUUAAUAUUAAGGCUAAUCUUAUUAUUGUUGCUUUUCAUGAUUUUGUCAAAGAAAUUGUUGAAAAUGCUAGAAAAACUAAUUCGGAUCUUGUUAUAAUCCCAUGGGAUGGUGCUGGUGCUGUAAUGAAUGACUCGGAUUCUUUUGAUGAAAUAAUUGGUCCUCGUGGAAGGAUACUUAAAGCUCGUGAAAGGAAAGAAACUAGUCCUCAAAUUUCAAGUUUUGUACAAGGUGUAUUUAACGAACUUCAUACCAAUGUUGGCUCUUUCGUUGACAGAGGUUUUGGUGUUAAAUCAACUCAACAUGGUGGCUCUCAAGAUUUAUCGAUUCAUGUAUUUCUACCUUUUUUUGGUAGUAUAGAUGAUAGAGAAGCUUUGAUAUUCGUUGUUAAAUUAUUAGAACAUCCUUAUGUCACUGUAUCGGUAGUUCGAAUAAGAACAGAAAGUAAUUCCAUUGAUGCUCAAGAAAGAAAUAUUUCUACUAGUUCUCAUAUUGAUAGUGAUAAUGAGAUUAUAAAUACUGAUGAUAGAGCUCCUAGACGACCUCCUAUGGUACAUACUAAAUCAGAUUCUUCUAUUCAAGUAUUAACUCAAGGUGAUAAAAAAGAACCUGAAACCAUUGAUAGUUCCUUAUUAGCACAUUAUUUUAGUCUGAAGAAUGGUAUAUUAACUAGUAACGAUCGUAUAAGUUAUACUGAAGUUGUAUCAAGGACUCCGUUAGCAACAGCUAUUGGGCUUGCAAAAGAAAAGGUUGAUAAUGGUAACAAUUUAGUUGUAGUGGGUCGUCGUAGAACAGCACCACAAGUAUAUCGAACGGAAUUCUUAAAUAUGGGUAAAAGUUAUGGAAGCGAAACUCGUAAAUGUUUGGGUAUUGUUGCUGAAGCAUUUAUGGUUAGUGAAGUAGAAGCAAGUAUUCUUGUUUUACAAGGAAAAAAUGAUGUGAGAAGAACUAUAUAA